GUACCAGGUGGGCACGGGGCUAAACCAUUCAUGAGAACUCUACCUCCAUGAUCUAAUCACUUCCUACCAGGCCUCACCUCCAACACUGGGGAUUACAAUUCCACUGGAAUUUGGUGAUGACGCAGAUCCAAACCUUAUCAGCUGGGAAUUAAACACACACACUUUGGGCUAAGGGGAAUUCUGAUUUUUCAUUUUAAUCCCUUCGUAAACGUGGACAAGGCAGACAGGAGUCAAACGCAAAAAGGAGCAUGGAGACCCAGACUUCCAGGUAUGCCUUACUGAACUUGUAGAAAGUUCAUUCUAACUGGCAAACAGGGCCAAGCUUCUCCCCCUUGACUGCGGUCAAUUCCUAGGGAAAGGUGAGGGGUCUAAUUAAGCCUUUGCAUCCCCCAAACUUGGCAAAGUGCCUGGCAGAGAGUAGUAAGAAAAAAAAUUGUUUUUAAGGAAUGAAGUAUUAGGAGAUCAAGGCAACUAAGAAGGCUUUGGGUUGAAAUAUUCUACCUUUGGUCACAAAUCUUCCACCUGUACCUCCACUUCCACUUACGUAGACUGACUGCUCAGUUCCCAAGCCUUCUCCUUAGAAAGACUUCCUUUCAAUGCAAGCAGCAGAAAAAAGCGACCCAGCUGAAACUUCUGGAGUUAUGGGAACGCCUCCUUCCUCUGUCGCUAAUGGAGGACUAAGAUGGGACUGGGAGUAAAGGAGCGUCUCUGAAUGGCGGGGCAGUUGCAGCGUCCCACUUGGCAAGAGUUCUUGAAUUACCUCCGCCCCCGCCCUGACCAGCCUUAAACAUCAAACUGGGAAACUUAUCUUUCGGCAGCAGCGCUGAAGGAGUGACCAGGCGUCUCCGUGAUGGGCCCCGGGGACUUCCGCCGCUUCAGACAGAGAAUUUCCCAGGGUCUCCAGGGACUCCCAGGUAGAGCGGAGCUUUGGUUCCCACCUCGUCCCGCGUGCGGCUUCCCCGGGGACGGCAGGAGCACGGACGUCCAGGAGGAGGCCCUCGCCGCCAGCCCGCUGCUGGAGGACCUCAGACGACGGCUGACUCGCGCCUUCCAGUGGGCGGUGCAGCGCGGGACCUCGAGGCGCGAGCGGGAGGCGGCGGCAGCGGCGGCGGCGCGGGAGGAGCAGAGUUGGGCGCGCCUCGAGGCCACCCUGGCCGGGCUGCGGGCGGAGCUGGUGGAAAUGCAUUUCCAAAACCACCAGCUGGCUAGAACUUUACUGGACCUAAACAUGAAAGUGCAGCAAUUGAAAAAGGAGUAUGAACUGGAAAUUACAUCAGACUCUCAAAGCCCAAAAGAUGAUGCUGUGAAUCUGGAAUAAAGAAAUGCACACAAGAAGCUCUUGAUCCUAAAACUAACACAACCCUGAAACAAUUCUGAUGAACACCUUAUGCUUUGCAUAAGUUUUGAGGGACAAUUUAUAGACCCAAAACUUAGAUGUUUUUCUUUCACCUUCCCCUGUCAUCUAAGAGAGGGGAGAGAAAAAUGAUGUAUUCCAAGUUUUAAAGUUAUUUGUUGUUUUGACUGGGACAUAGAAGUAAAAUAUAACUCUCUCUCUCUCUAAGAAUGCUUUAAUGCCAACUUUCGGUAUUCCACCUUGUGUCACCUGACCUUUCUGGCAUUGCCUGAGCUUUCAGAGUUCGUGCUUGUUUUGCUUUACUUGAUUAUUCUCGGUUUGUCUGUCCAGUGGCCUGCCCUGCUUUUUGUGGAUAAUUAUUUCUACUUGAAUUCUAAUCAUGCCGUUUAGGUGGUCUGUGACUAAGGGUACUCCACCUUCCUGGAUGUAGUCAUGCAGCUCAAGGCAGGCUGAUGGGUUUGUCCUUAUGAUUUUUUGAAUGGGCACUAAAAGAGUAGAUGAGUAUUUCUGCCAGUAGAAGUUGUGGAUCAGGGGCUUGGAAGCUGCUGGUGGUCACCAUGUAAGAAAGUUCACACCCUAAUGGAGGUGACUGAAAUGAAACCACUAAAAGCACAAAAGGGGAGGGAGGGAGAGUGCUUCGCUUCCUUUUUCCUGGGGUCAAGUUGUAUAAGACUCCAGGCCUUGCUCUUGUUUAUAUACAUGAAACAUUCUGAUAUCCUUUUCAUAAAAUCUCUUUUUGCCUAAGUAAAUUUAAGCUGGAGUUUCAUGACUUAUAUCUAGUGUUCACAACUAACACAGUUGUUCAGUUUUAGGAGUUAAAAUGGUUCUUACCAUUGAGUUGGACUAACUGUACCCAAAAAGUGCUGUCUUUUUAAUGCAAACAAUAAAGUUAAUAAAAAAUAGUUGCAGA